GUUUGGUAUGUUGUUAGGCACUACCAGCAUUGUCAAUUUCAGGAUGUUGUCAAUGGCUUAGUGUUGUGUUUUUUCUUGUUAUGGACUUUGUAUAAGUUAUUGUUUUUAUACUUUGUUUGUCGGCAACAUGGAUGCCUUCGACAACGACCCAUAUCUUAACUUUAAGCCUCCUCCAGAAGCUCCUGUGUUUACUCCAACCGAGGAGGAGUUCGCUGAUCCGUUAGCUUAUAUUGCUAAAAUAAGGUCGAUUGGUUUACAAGCUGGUAUAGUGAAAAUAAAACCUCCACCGGAUUGGCAACCACCUUUUGCUGUGAAUGUUGAAACAUUCAGAUUUACACCUAGAAUACAAAAGUUAAAUGAAAUGGAGGCACACUCUCGGAUUAAACUUAAUUUCUUUGAUUGUUUGUACAAGUUUUGGGAUUUACAAGGAUGUACUCUCAAAAUACCUACGGUGGAAAGAAAGAUAUUGGAUCUAUAUAAACUCUUUAAGACAGUUGAGGAGGAAGGUGGCAUGGAACUGCUGAACAAGGAGAGACGCUGGGCUCGUGUUGCUGACAAGAUGGGUUAUCCACAUGGCAGAGGUGUGGGCCACACUCUUAAGCACCACUAUGAACGCAUCUUGUUCCCUUUCUUUUUGUUUAAAAAGGGAGAGACUGUCAAGUUUAUACCAGAGCAAAAGCCUAUAGUUCCUGAUGAAAUAGACAAAGCAGAUAAGGACUGGAAACCUAGCUGGAAGGGGGACAAAGACAAGAAUCGCAAAGCUAAAAGAGCUGUCAAAGAGAGCCCAACUCCUUCAAAUGAUGCUUACGAGUGCUUGGUAAGAAAGGACCCAGACAUUGACUACAGCAAAAACAGUGAGCUUAAGAAGCUGCAGUUUUUUGGUGCAGGACCUAAAGCUGCUGUUCCUGGUUCCAAAGAUGAUCCGGAUGUCAAGCUUGAAGACAAGGCUGAUAAUAGAAAGAGUCGACAGAAGAUGUCCAUUCCCGGGGCUUACUCUGGGGCUGACAAGUACUACUGUCACAUGUGUGGUCGAGGAGAUGGGGAGGACCAAAUGCUCCUUUGUGAUGGCUGUGAUGAUGCCUUCCACACCUACUGUCUGGUGCCCCCACUCGCCGAAGUUCCUAAAGGUGACUGGAGGUGUCCUACUUGUGUGAAGCAGAUGACAAUGUUUUUACUUGUACAGGCCUGUAGUAAACCCCUAGAACCAUAUGGCUUUGACCAGAGCAAGAGAGACUACACUCUACAAUCCUUUGGAGAAAUGGCAGAUCAUUUUAAGGCAUCCUAUUUCAAAAUGCCUGUACAUAAGGUAACAACAGCGCAGGUGGAAAAAGAAUUUUGGCGACUGGUGAACAGUUUUGAAGAGAAUGUGAUGGUUCAGUAUGGUGCUGACAUUCAUGCCAUGGAAAUGGGCAGUGGGUUCCCUACAAAGAACACAGAGGAUCUACUACCAGAGGAUGAGGAGUAUGUGACAUCUGGCUGGAACCUGAACAAUCUGCCAGUGUUGGAGCAGUCUGUGUUGUGUCACAUCAAUGCGGAUAUCUCUGGGAUGAAGAUCCCUUGGUGCUAUGUAGGCAUGUGUUUCUCAAGCUUCUGUUGGCACAUUGAGGAUCACUGGAGCUACUCCAUUAAUUACUUGCAUUGGGGGGAGCCUAAAUCUUGGUAUGGUGUGCCAGGCUCAGCAGCUACCAAAUUUGAAGAUGCCAUGAAGGAGACAGCACCAGAACUCUUUGAGCAAGCUCCUGACUUACUUCAUCAGCUAACAACUAUCAUGAACCCAAACAUUCUGAUGAAGAAAGGAGUGCCUAUUUUCAGAACAGAUCAGUGUGCUGGAGAAUUUGUGGUGACAUUUCCCAGAGCAUAUCAUGCUGGAUUCAAUCAGGGAUAUAACUUUGCAGAAGCUGUCAACUUCUGUCCUGCAGAUUGGCUGCCUAUUGGUAGAGCCUGCAUUGAUCAUUACAGGUCCUUGCAUCGGCAAUGUGUAUUUUCACAUGAAGAACUCAUCUGCAAAAUGGCUGCUGACCCAGACAGCCUUGACCUCAAUUUGGCUGCAGCUACUCAUGCUGAUAUGCUAAGCAUGGUAGAGGAGGAGAGAGAUCUGCGGAAAUCAUUGUUGGAGAGAGGAACCUUCAAUGCUGAGAGAGAAGCAUUUGAACUGCUGCCAGAUGAUGAGCGUCAGUGUGAUGUCUGUAAAACAACUUGCUUCCUGUCAUCAGUAACAUGUCCCUGUCAACCAAAUCGCCUGGUGUGUCUUUACCAUGUGGAGGACUUGUGUGACUGUGCUCCAUCUAGGCAUGUCUUACGCUACAGGUACACGCUAGAUGAAUUACCUAGUAUGCUGCAUCGCCUGAAAGUCAGAGCAGAAUCUUAUGACAACUGGAACUCUUUGGUUAAAAAUGCUUUAGAGGCCACAGGAGAUGAUAAAUUAGAGCUGAAUGAAUUGAAAGAGCUAAUCACUGAAGCUGAGGAGAAAAAAUUUCCAGACUCUGACCUCCUACAGACUUUGAUUAAUGCUGUCUCUGAGGCUGAAAAGUGUUCUAAUGUAGCCAACCAGUUGGUCAGCAAGAAAAUCAGAACUAGGAACAGACAAUCCAUUGAAGGCAAAUAUGUGGCUAAACUGACCUUGGAUGAAUUGAACUGUUUCUUUGAGCAAGUGAAUGGGCUUCCAUGUAUCAUUAAAGAAACCAAAUCAAUCAAAGAACUUCUGGAUAAAGUGGUUGAGUUCCGUGAGGAAGCUCAGGAUGCUCUAGAUGCUGAGACUCCUGAUUCUGAACAAGUGGAGACACUGAUUGAAAUAGGCAUUAGUCUAGAUGUAGAUCUACCAGAGAUACCCAAGUUGAAACAGGUGUUACAACAAGCUCGUUGGUUAGAUAAUGUCCGCGCCUCCAUUAAGGAGCCCAAUUCCGUCACUUUAGACACAAUGAGAAAGUUGAUAGAGUCUGGUGUUAGCCUAGCACCACAUCCAGCAGUAGAGAAAGCCAUGGCAGAACUUCAAGAGUUAUUAACAGUCAGUGAAAGGUGGGAAGAGAAGGCCAGAAUUUGUCUUCAAGCCAGACCACGUCAUCUCCUUACAACUUUGGAAGCUAUUAUAGCGGAGGCUAGAAAUAUUCCAGCAUACUUGCCAAACAUUGGUUCUUUGAGAGAAGCUGUUAAAAAGGCAAAAGAAUGGAUUCAAAAGGUUGAAAGUAUUCAGAGUGUAGAACAAUAUGCCUACCUCGAAAUAUUGGAAGGUUUAGUGUCUAAAGGCCGUCCCAUCCCUGUGCGCUUGGACCAACUGCCCCAGCUCGAGUCUCAGGUGGCUGCUGCUAAGUCUUGGAAAGAAAGAACUGCCAGAACAUUUCUCAAGAAAAAUUCUUCCUUCACACUUUUGGAGAUUCUGUCUCCCAGAACUGAUAUAGGUGUUUACAAUGGUGGCCGCUGUAAGAAGAAACGUAUCAAGGAUGCAGAGAAGAAAGACAAUGAGAGUGUGCUGGACUAUGCAAGUGAUGACAGUAGAAACUCUGGCGUGUCCAUUCUCACUCAGGUGGCUGCCUUCAAGAUGGGGGAAGUCAAGGAAGUGGAACUUAUGAGAGACCUCAGAACUCGCAACAUGGAAAAGAGGCAGGAUUCAGAUGCUAAGUUUUGUGUUUGUCGUAAACCAUCAUCAGGCUUUAUGCUUCAGUGUGAACUUUGCAAGGAUUGGUUUCAUGGAACCUGUGUUUCCUUCCCAAAGUCAGCCAGCAUUAAAAAUAAAACAUCUCAGGCAGCAAUAAUGCAGGCUACAAAAGAGAUGAAAUUCCUGUGUCCACUUUGUCUAAGGUCAAGGCGCCCUAGGUUGGAAACAAUCCUAUCCUUGUUAGUGUCACUGCAAAAGUUGCCAGUGCGUAUGGCAGAAGGGGAAGCCCUGCAGUGUCUGACUGAGAGAGCAAUGGCAUGGCAGGAUCGAGCCAGACAAGUGCUAACUACGACUGAUAUGGCCUCCGCAAUGGCGCAACUGAGUGUAAUGAGUCAGAGAAUGGUUGAGCAGGCAGCUCGGGAAAAGACUGAAAAAAUUAUCAAUGCUGAGCUACAGAAGGCAGCGAACAAUCCUGAACUACAACCUCACUUGGCCUCUGUGACACAGAGUGCUUUUGGCAACAGGGAUAAUUCUGCUCUGUCUUUACUGCAACAUGGAGGCACUGAGGAUAUGUCCAUGUUAGCCAAACAUCAUCAGAUAUACGCUGAUGAGCGUCACAACAGAGACUUUGAUUCCUCAAGGGAAGCUGGGGUCGGGGUGAACAUGGAUGAUCCUGUUUCACCUACCCCUGGGGACAUGUCGCCUCUCCACCAGACCCUGAUCCCUGCUCCCAACCCCAUGUCUCAGGACAUUGGUGCAGAGAUAGACAUUUCAUCUGUGUCAUCUUUGGGCAUGUCCUCUGAACAUGCUUAUUCUUCUGUCUCUAAAGGUGUAUCCAAUGGCUCACCGCGUAAAAACAUGCGCAAGUCUCCAUUGUUGCCCAGAACCUGUGAAGUGCUCUUACUUGAUGUAGCAGAGACAAAGAAAGCUCAGCUGGAAGAGCUGAUGAUGGAAGGGGAUCUGCUGGAGGUGUCUCUAGAUGAAACCCAACAUAUCUGGAGAAUAUUGCAGGCCUGCUAUUCAAGGUCUGAGCCCAAUAGGUUCUCAGACAUGGAGAUUUCUAGUCAAGGUUUGUAUGAGAAGAAGAAAGAGAUGAAAAAGAAAGAUGGCAUUCUAAAGAGCAAAGAGAUAAAAAGAAAGAAGAAUCUUGGUGAAAACAAACUGAGUGAUUUGAUGAUUAAAAGAAUCAAAGUGGAGAAUGGUGUGGAGAGAAUUAUUAAGAAAAAGAAACUUCAGAAGAAGACAAAGAAGGAAAAUGCUGGUGACAAUAAAGAUUUUCUGAAGUUAAAACUUAAGGAUACUGGUGAUGGGGGGACACCUGGAACAGAUGUGAAACCCAAAAUCAAGAAGAAAAGGAAACUAAUGAAGAGUGCUGGCUCCACUUCUAGCCCGCCACCAUCCACAACUCCUGCCACUAAUGAGUCGUCAGAUGGUCAGAAAACAAAUGGCACUAGUGUCAAGACAAAAGAGAGGAGGCCUAAAGUCAGGAAAGAGAGGAAAAUAAAAGAGGAACUGGUCAUGAUGGAUGAUAGUGAUGAUAAUGAUGAGGACUGCUCAGCCUACAAAUGCCAGCGUCCCACUGGUGAGGCAGUCAACUGGGUGCAAUGUGAUAAAUGUGAACUCUGGUUUCAUCUGCUGUGUGUUGGCUUGAAGAAAGAGGAAGUUCGUGACGAGGAAGAUUACGUCUGUUUCAGCUGUAGGGAGGGCAACAGCGUGGCCUUGGUUGGCUCCCCUUCUAAGACUGGUUCAGCAGACACCCCCAUUGACCCAGAUAAAAUAAAGAAGGAGCCAAAAGACAAGGUCUUUGACACGAGCCCUCCCUGCUCACCCAGUGUGCAAGCUGCUGCGGAGAAAGCCAUUUCAGAUGUUGUGGAGGCUGUGGCUGCGAGCUCUAAGGAAAGGAAGCUAGAGGCAGAGAAGAGAGCUGACGCUGUAGGAGCACAGCCAGAGAAAGAAGUGCCAGCUGCAGCACCCAAGUCUGAGCUUGUUGAUAGAGUUGAAUCUGAGGAGGAGGAGGAGGAUGUUGUGGUCAUUGCCUCAGAGCCCCAAGAGGAAAUAGAAAUGGAGAUUGGAAAUGAUGAGGAGGAAGAGGAGGACAAAGAGGAGAAAGAUGAGGAUGAGGAAAAUAUUGAGGAUGAGGAUGAAGAAGAAGGUGAUGAAGAUGGAGAGGACGAGGAAGAUGAUGAUGAUGAGGAUGAAGAAGAAGAGGAGCUGGCCAUUGAUGAGGAGGACAGAAAUGAGACAGCCAACAGCUGUGAUACAGCAGGGGAGGACAGUGGGGAAGAGGCUGUAGAUGACUUUGAACAAGAGGUCCAUCCUACUACAAUUGAGGAUCCUCAACCUGUUGAAGAGAAUCACAAGCCAUUGGACAAUGCUGUGCAAAGUGCUUGUCCUUCUAUUCCAGAGGCUGAAGUAGCCAUCCCAUCCUGACAUUUCUAAUCAUCAGUACGUUGUGACUGUGUGAAAGAAUCCCAUGUUUCAUCUCACAGACCUCUAGUUCAUUUCUCCAUGCUUAUGAAAUACCCAAAGUUGACACACAAAACUAUUGACGUGUCUAUUUACAAAACUUUUGUGUGUGUGUGUUUUCCUUGAAUGUUCUAGUUAUUUCCUAUGAAGCUGAAAACAUCAUUUCAAUGACUGUAUUCUGUAAUCGUGUUUUAUUUUCAAGUGAUUAACAAAUGUACAUUUAUCAGGACUAUAAAUAUUUACAUAGCAUAUAUUAGUCUUCACAGAUGUAUUGAUUUUAUUAUUAUUGAUUCCAUCACUCCCUCUUUCUAUAUUGGAUGUAUGAAUGCUGUUUCAACAGAGAAAAUGUUUUGAUGGAUGGCAGGUCUACCUUUUGAGUUGUUUUUUGUUCUUUGUGCAGAGAUUUAUUGGAACUGAACUAAUUGUGUAUAUUUAUGUUGAUUUCACUGUAUCUUGUAUUAGCUCUUCUCUCCAAACUCCCAUGUAUGUAGUGUAAGCCCUCCUGUUGAAUGAACCACUUUGAAUUGCUCUUGUGUAUUGAGUUGAAUGUGUUGGAAGUUAAUUUAUUUUCUUGCCUGCAAUUAGAACAGGAUGAAGUUAUCUCUUGUGUUGUCCAGAUUUAUUUAUUUAUUUAACAUAAGAUUUGAGAAAAAACAUAAAGAAAUGUAUUAGGUCAGCCUAGACUGUCCUGACUUAUCAUCAUUCAUAAGGAACUCCAGGAUUCUUCUGAAUGGCAUAUGUCUAGAUGCAAAAUAAACAUUGGAGUCAGAAGUUGUGUUUCUCCAUCUGAAUUGACCUCAUAUGUACAAAAAAAAAAGUCAGGGAUAAUAACAAACUCCUUAGCCCUAAGGGAAAAUUUUGAAUGUUUCUUCACAUACUGGUAUUUUUAUUGAGUGAAGUUUUUGAAGUGCAGAUACUUAGCAAGUGAUACAGAGUGAUCGAAAGAUGUUCUUUGGUUGAGUGAAGUUUUUGAAGUACAGAUACUAGCAGAGUGAUACAGAGUGAUGGAAAGAUGUUCUUUGGUUGAGUGAAGUUUUUGAAGUACAGAUACUAACAGAGUGAUGGAAAGAUGUUCUUUGCUAAACUCUUGCAGUUAUGAGUAAUCAUUUUCUCAAAUAAAUGAUUUUAGAGUUCUUCAGCCAUCAUGUUAUGUGGAGAAGUGUUGGGACAUCUACAAUGGAGAGUGCCUGGGCAUCUGAACAUUGACCGUACAUUUACUCAUUCUUGUCUGUGUAUUCAAUGUGAGAACAUUCAAUCUGACUUGUCCCAUUGGUUGUGGUGGCUCAGAACUCUUGUUAUUUGGCCGACUCAUCUGACUUGCUGUAAACAUCUUUAGAGUCUUACCUAUUAUUUUGUCUAAGUCACCUAACACUUUUUUUCUUUAUUGAUGACUAUAUAUUGAUGAAUACAUAAGCAAUGUUCAAAUAAAUUGAAAUAAGUUUUGACCAUUGAAUAAAAAUUGAUUUUUUAUAA